CACUAAGCUCUGAAACCCUCUCUCUCACACAGAAUAUAAAAAAGUUGGCCAAAGUCUGUCUCAGCUCCAAUAGCUACCAGACACCCACAACAACCUCUCUCUCUUUUUAUCGCUCUCUCUCUCUCUCUCACACACACACACACACACCACCCCUCACUCCUGGCACAGAGAAGACAGGACCACUGGAGAGACCAUACACACCUCCGCCUCCUCCUCCAGUCACUCACCCAGCUAUCGCCAGACGCUAAGCCCAGGAUGUGGACUUUGCUCUUGGGGGUCACCUUAGGAUUACUGGCCUCCUCCAGGUCGGAACCGGCUCAAGUGAAAUCUCGUAGCUGCAGCCAUGCCGGAGUGUUCCACGUGGAAGGACCAGAUCGCUACUCAUUGACCUUGGACCUGGCCAAGAAGCUGUGUGAGAGCCUGGGAAUCACCAUUGCCAGCAGGGAACAGGUCAUCGAGGCUCAUGCCCAUGGCCUAGAGACCUGCAGAUAUGGUUGGAUCAGCAACGGAAACACCACCAUCCUCAGACAAAAGGCUCAUGUUAACUGUGCCAACAACACGACUGGGGUCUUCUUCCAUCAAGUCUCUCCGGAAAAACCCUUUGAUGCCUUCUGUUUCAAUGCAUCAGAGUUGGCUGAAAAGAACUGUGAUGCGGCCAUCAACCCUGAUUCAACAGGACCAGAGAGUGUUCAGGUGACAGAUGCUGCAGGUGAGGCCACAGACCCUGAGAAUGGAGCCCAGCCGGAGACCACCAUCAACUCCGAGCCUGACACCCAGGACACCACCUCCGCCCCUGGAGAAAAGGGAGCAGAGAACACCACUGAAGUAAUGGAAGCAUUGGACACAGACCAGCCUGCACCCACUGAGGCCAGCCAAGUAAAGUCAACAGCAUUUGCUGAGGGUUAUGCUUCAGAGGGGGCAGCCACAGAAAGCCUUAGCAUAGGAAUGACGGUUGAGGGGAAUGGGACCCAGAAAGCCAGCCCCACUGAGCACCCUGGGGUGGUGGUCACUGAGAUGGAAGAAACCACUGUGUCUGGAAUGUUGCCUUCUGGCUCAGAUGAGGAGGGGGCCUCUUCUAUGGCACCAUCUGUUAAAGAGCCAGGAGAACCACAGGGCCGGGCCAGAGAGGAGGAUUUACAGGAGAAGGAGGUGGAGUUAGGAGCCUCCACGCAGCCCAUUCCUAAUGGGAAGAUGAAUCCAGGUAUGGGAGCAGACCCUACUCCAGCUGGGAAGGAGAUCAGUAGCACACCCAAUUGGCUGAUCAUUGUGGGAGUGCUUGUGGCACUGGUUGCUAUUCUCCUCACGUGUUUUGUUGUGGUCAAGUAUAAGAGCUGGUGCGGUCAGCAGCAGACCCUGAUGAUCACCAACAAGGAUGGGAAUGAGGGUAACGGUGCGGCGGCAGCGUCAGUGGCUAGCUCCCGCGCCCAGGAGAGAGAGCAGGAGAUGGUGACCCUGAUGAAUAAAGAGAAGAUCCAGGAAAACGGAAACAAGGAGGAGUUCACCGCCAUCACACUGGAGGAGUCCCCAGAGAAAGAACAGCUAGCGUGAGAGAGUAGAGGAGACAGGGAGACAGGGAGACAGAGAGUGAGUGAGUGAGUGAGUGAGUGAGUGAGUGAGUGAGUGAGUGAGUGAGUG